GCUCUCCUGUUCCCUCCUCCCAGACAGAAACAGCUAAUUGCCAACUCCAGGCUGCCUCCUGCCCAACCCUAAUCGGUAUGAUCUCAGGCAGCUGCACCGGAGCCGGAGCCGAAGCCGCUCCAGGCUAGGCCAGGGCUACGUGGAGCAAGGAGAGCAUUCUCCCAAGAUAAUGAUUAAACUGAGCAGCACUUGGCAUGGGCUGCUAAGCUAGGGAGGGGAGCCCUAUUCACACCUCAGCCAGACAGCGGAGGCCAGAGCUAGUUCAGGGAGGCUGAGCCCAAGGCCCAGGGGGCCCCCCAGCCAGCCCCCGCAGCCUCCUGCUUGUGAGGAGCAUCCAGAGCAUCUCAGAUACAGAGGCAUCUUCGCAGCCUGCCCUUCUGGGACUCUGUUCACACCCCUGGCACCAUGAAGCUCCAGGUAUUCUGGACUGGACUGGAGUAUACCUGCCGGCUCUUGGGCAUCGCUACGGCUGCAGUGUUGAUUGGAGUGGGCACCGAGACCUUCCUCCGGGGGCGGUUCAAAAGCCUGGCCUUCUAUCUGCUAGGUGGAGCCGCAGUAGAUGCUAAGGUUUACAGGAGUCACCAUCUCUGUGUGUGAAGGGACCUACUUUGUGGCUCAACUCUUGGCCAUCUGCUUCAAGUGCCAGCCGGGGUCUCUGGCACACAGAGCGAAGGAGAGGGCCCACUGGCUGGGCUGCUUCCAGAAGUUCCUCGCCUACAUGCUGCUGUCAGUGGCCUGCUUCCUCCACCCUGUCCUGGUCUGGCAUGUGACCAUUCCAGGCUCCAUGUUAAUCAUCACUGGCCUGGCCUACUUCCUGCUGAGCAAGCGAAAGAAAAAAAAGGCUGCUCCAGAGGUGGCACCCCCCACAGAGCAGUACACAGACCCUUCCAGCAGCGUCGUGAGCACCACAGGCUCUGGGGACACUGAGCAAACCUAUACUUUCCAUGAGGCCUUCAAGGAGGGGCCUGGCUCCUUCUUUAUCCACAUGAAGAGCAUCCUAAAGGGGACCAAGAAGCCACGUGUCCUGCAGACCCAAGAUACCCUAAUGGAACUGGCACUGGAGCCGGCUGACUCCUUGGCCAAGAAAAAGCAGGUACACUUUGAAGACAAUGUGGUCAGAAUCAUCCCAUCCCUCACUGAAGGUCUGGGUGAUAGUGACAGUGAACCAGAAGAAACCAGCUCUGACACAACUCCCAUCAUCCCUCCCUCCCAGACCCCACACUUUCUGCCUUCUCUCAUGGCCACUGACCUGUUCUGAGCUUCUUAGCUAGAGGUCUGCAGAUGGAUGGACCUGCCAGAAGAGUCCUAAUAGCCACAGUCCCUGCAGAGAACUCAGGGUCUCCAUUGGCCAGCUGUUCGCAUCCUAGUGGUAGCUGGGCAUUCAGAACAAUGAGAUAGUGUACCAAGCCAGAUCUGUGGUGACCUCCAGCAAGGUACAAAUGAAGCUUUGACAUGUGUAAUCAACAUAGUCUCCUUGUCAAAAGGUGGGAAAAGAGACCAUGGCUUCAUUCUCCACAAGGCUGCUGACCCAACUUUCUAAGCCCUAAAGGAACAGAAGACAUGAGUUCACCCUUGCACCCAACAAAGGGUUCAGCCUUCAGCAAGAACUCUAUGGUAUGUUUUGCUUGUGAUACAACCUACUGGUGCCAAAGGCCCAGGGCUAUAUUAGCAUCGUAAGCAAGAUUGCUCAGGGUAGAUAUGAGAAAAGAAGAUUCGGAUCUCAAGUGAGAACAGCCUGGCAGUGGGCUACAUUCUCAGCAUACUCUGGGACUGGGCUCGGCAGCAGGCAUUUCAGAAUCACCAAGGAAAACAAUACCACUCUGUGCUCACUGCCAGGAAAGCUGACCAGAAGAGCAUCUCUCAUUCCAGAAGGAUAACUCAGGGCUUCCUGCCCUCCCCUCACUUACCCCCUAUCCAACAGUAUGAGCAGUGUUCAGAGUCCAAGUAGGUGGUAUAGAUGGUUCAAUCUAAAAGGGUCUGAGAACCUGUGGCCAUCUGUAGCAGAAAUGGCUAGGACAUAGCAUGGAGUAGUCAUUGUAGUUCAGGCCCCAAGAAGACUGCCCCAGAGAGCCACACAGCAUAGGGAAGUACCUCUGCCAUGCUUAGAUACGUGGGAGUAGAUCCUCUGUUAAGUAGAUGAUCACUCAAAAUAGACAGGAGGGGAGGAAGCAGAGGGAAGGGCACAGGGGAGAGGGUAGCGAGCAGGCAGGCAUGGCGGCAUCCUGGAACUACAGAGGUGGCAGGGAAUUUGAGUUAGAUAGUUCUCAGUAAAAAGUUUAGCAAAGUAUCUUUUCUAAAUAGUAUGUUUGGUCCACAGGAUUACUGCCAGAAAAAAAAAAUAAUAAAGGCAUGUUAUUCCUCAUAGCUGACCCCCAGUGAGCGAGCAACAGAAAUUAAGAGUCCUAUAGUUUGUGUCUGAGGAGGGGACCCACUUCAGGGCUCUCUGAUGGGUAAGCCUCAAAUCUUGUACUUUAUAGUCUAGAUAAGGAAGAUGUUCACGGUACAAUGAUCAGCACCUAUGACGUCGUUUUGUUUUGGUUUUGGUUUUGUCUUGCUUUGUUUUGUUUUGGAAAUGUGUUGAAAUGAGACACCCUAGAAGCUGGUAUUAGCCUGGUGCUUAGCACAGCCAGCAUCCCAGAUGGACAGAACACUUUUUGAAAUAGAAGAUGCGUUGCUAAGACUGUGAGGAGUGAAGGCAGAAAGCAAGCUGGGGCCUGGAGUAGGUCUCAUCCCUCAGGUCAAAAGAUAGGCAGCUGAUGGAUGGCCAAGGGGGCUUUUCCAAUGAAGGAUGUUAGAUAGUGCAGUCAGGGAAAAAUAAAAUAUAUGGAAUAUGGGGCAUGGGUGGGUAUGUCCUUGUUACUACGGGGAUCUCACGGUGAGGAAGAACAAGAAAACACUACCAUGAUACCAUGAAUUUGUGUGAGGUGAGGCCAGUGCAGACCUAGGAGAUGGUUCUUAACUCCAGAUUGCAAGGCUGAAGGUCAGGGAGCAGAGCUUCCAGCCCGACUGAGGCCAGAGGCCAGAGGGAACAAAGCCCUUAACCAAGAGGAGCCAGGUCCUCUCCCUGUGUCUCUCUCUCUGUAUUAGUUACUUUCUGUUGCUGAGAUAAAAUACCAUGACCAAAAGCACUUAAGGAAGAAACAGUGUGUGUGUCUUACAGUUCUUACAGAGAGCUAGAGUCCAUGAUAACAGAGAAGACCUGGCAUGCAGCAGGAGCUAGAGGCCAGCUGGCCACAUUUCAUCCACACACUGAAAAUGAGGCCGAGUGGGGAGGGCAAUCGUGACAUGAGGCUGUGAACCUUCAAAGCCCACCCCUGGGGAUGUACUUCCUCCAGUGAGGUUGCACCUCCUAACGUCUCCAUAACUUUCCCAAACAGCAGCACCAACUAGAUGGGUGACAUUUCUCAUUCAAACCACUGCAGUCUCUCAUCAGCUUAUAUAGUGUUAGAAAUCUUUGGUUCUUGGUUGGUUGGUUGGUUGAUUGGUUGGUUGGUUGGUUGGUUGGUUGGUUAGCUUGCUUUGCUUUUCUUAAACAUCCUUAAUAAGAUGUAGUUUGCUGUCAUAAAAUUGACCAAGUUAAACCAUACAGUUAAGUGGAUCUUAGUGUAUUUCUAAUCUGAGUUCAUUAUAUGCAUUCACAUCUCAAGUUCAUUAUAUGCUCAUCCCACCCCCACCCCCCAAAAAAAGAAAUCCAGCCCUGUAACCACUAAGACUCACCCCUCGCCUCCCAGUUUCUGUCCUAUGAAACCACUAAUCUGCUUUGUAUCCUUGUAACUUUUACUGUCCUGAGCACGUCAUAACUUGAAUCAGGUAACUGGAGCCUCCACACACCCUGACCUGACUGCUCCCAAAUGGGCACAGGCUGCACUGAGCAGCAGUUUCUGCAUCUCCCAGGAUAGGCUGAUCCCACAGGAGUCUCCUUGGCUCUCUGCGUCUAGUUCUCUAUUAAGUGAGGAUUCAGCGAUUUGUUUAUUGCUACCAGCACCAGGGUGUUCUGAACACCCUUUUAUUUAUUUAUUCUCUCCAAGAUGUAUUUACAAUGUUUCUGAGGACUCAGUGUGAAUUCUUCACAUUCUGUUCUGAAAGAGGCCUUUCCCCAGGGCAGAUCUCUGAGCUUUCCAUUCUUUCUUUCUGGCCAAGCCCUCAGCAGCAAAGGAUCUUGGGGGAUACUUUUCCUAGAUGGGUGAGCAUAGGAGAGAGUGGGUCUUGAUAGCCUUGGUUCAUCCUUCCCAGUCUAAGACUCUAAGUGAGGCCAGCGCCAUUAGAGGCGGCAGAUCCUUAUAUUAAAACAUGUUCUGUACCAAAAGCAUCUUUUCCCUUAUUCUUAACUAUAUCACAACGUCUACUGACUUCAUGAUACAAGUUGAGCGUGCCCAGAAAUUUCUCUGGUCCUAUCAUUUAAACAGGUGCUACCCUGGGGGUGGAGAGGCUGCAGGUCAGCGCAGUCUCCCUAACAACUGCUUCCCUCAACGGCUUCCAGUCAGGUAAAGCCAGAGCACUGACUCCAGAGGAGUAAACAAUUUCAAGACAACUGAGAGUGAAACCAAGUUAUAGAGUUGAUGGGAUAAAGAUGAGGAUAGUACACCGUUCACGUAUAUGUGGGUGCUGGCAGAGAGAGGGGGAUGGGGGAGGAGGUGGGGGGAAGGAUAUUACAUAACUGAUACACGGUGGUGAUGGUGUGGGCUUCUCCAAAGGAGAUCCCCCACUCCCCUACUUGAGUGGCUUCACAAUGGCUAUGUAUUAGUCAGGGUUCUCUAGAGUCACAGAACU